AUUGCUUGACAAAAAGAAAAACGGUUUGUAAACAGUUGCAAACUUGUUGCAAACCAACAUACUUUCUGUUUUUGCAAGCAUCUCUGAAGAUGGAAGUCGAACUUUCUUUAGAUCUAGUUAACUCCUGCAAUUUUGCGAGAAAGCGACAGGCAGCCAUGGAAAGUUAUACAGAAAUACAAUCGAAGAAACGACCUUGUCUAGAAGAUUCCUCUUGGCACACAGAAAAUACAUCUAAUCUGGAGACAGAGAACAGAUUAUUGAGUUGUACACAGCCUACGAUCUUAGAAAAUCGAGUACAUGAUUAUAACCAGCCGUUGUCAGAUCGUAAUGCCGCCGAACAUAACGGCCACUUGGACAUCAAUUGUAACAUUGUGUAUCGGGCAAACAAUUGUCAAGAAAUGGACAUUUCAUAUGAUUCAGCAAUGACAAGAAGUCAAGCAGGAGUACACCGACAGAGCCUUUUAACUCCCACACUGCUAGCAGAACAUCAUUUAUCUUCACCCUCCUGCUCUCGCUGUUUGAGAGGUGAACCGGGACAUAUCAACCAUCUAACAAGUUGAUGCAGGACAUCUUUCCACUUGUAUUUGUCAUACACAUAACGUGCUCCUCAUUUUCGUGCUGGAAAAACUUUCUGUUUAUAUCAUGUACAUAGACUUCCUUUCAAGCAUUUGAACGUUAAUUUAUCAGUCAUCCUGUUUUUUUCUUUUUAAAAAAAUAUCACUUUUGGUAUUUUACAGAUAUCUUAUUGACUUCUGUCUUUUUGGUGUGUUAUAGAAGAUGUAAAUAGAUCUGUGGACCCGUCCACAUUACGCCGGAAAAAUUUGAAAACGCAGCUUUAUUUCUACGGUUAGGCCUAUCGUCCACACUAAUCC